CGUGUUGUGUGUUUUUUGAUUUUUCUGGUUUUUGUUAAUUUUAAUUUCGUGAACCAAGUGACGAUAAACGCUACGUGUGUCUUAAAACUAAACGUGAAUGCUGCAAGCUUCGACGUCGUCCUGGAAUAACGCAUAAACAGCACAGCAGGAGCAGCAGCUGCCGCCAAUAUGAGCAUACCCAACGAAUAUAUUGCAAAAACGGAAGAUGUGGCCGAACAGGUUAUCAAGCGCGGCAAAUAUGUGCUACCAACUGUUGCACGGCUAUGUCUCAUUGCCACUUUCUUCGAGGAUGGCCUGCGCAUGUAUUUCCAAUGGAACGAACAGCGUGAAUACAUGGACAUGAGCUGGGGCUGCGGCAAGUUUCUGGCCACCGUUUUCGUGCUCACCAAUCUGUUUGGCCAACUGGGCGGCUGUGGUAUGGUUAUGGCUAGAUUCAAGGUCGACAUUGCGGUCGGUCUGCUAUUUUUCAUUGUGGUGCUACAGACAAUAGCCUAUUCCAUACUGUGGGACUUUCAGUUCUUGCUACGCAACUUUGCUCUCAUCGGAGCUCUGCUGCUGGUGCUUGCCGAAGCCCGGAUCGAGGGGCGCAGCUUAUUUGCGGGCGUGCCAUCUCUGGGCGACAACAAACCCAAGAACUUUAUGCAGUUGGCCGGCCGCAUACUGUUGGCAUUCAUGUUCAUCACGCUCAUCCGUUUCGAGUUAAGCGUGUGGAAUAUUAUUCAGGAUAUAAUUGGAUCCACCCUGAUGGUACUCGUUGUGCUGGGCUACAAGACAAAGCUCUCAGCGUUAAUUCUGGUGGCGCUGCUUACUGCUCUCAAUUUGUAUCACAAUGCCUGGUGGACUAUUCCGUCAUACAAACCGCUCAGGGAUUUCUUGAAAUAUGACUUUUUCCAGACACUCUCGGUCAUCGGUGGCUUGCUCAUGAUUGUAUCCUUGGGCCCCGGUGGCGUAUCCAUGGAUGAGCACAAGAAGAAGUGGUAGAGCGUCUAGAAAUUCGCUGAAAAUUAGAAUUACCAUAAAAUGGAACAACAGGAGCAGAACAGCACAACAACACAUAAACAGAAAAAAAUAUGAGAUAAUAAACUUGACUUAUUGAUAAAUUCAAAAGGGACUUCCGCAAUAUCCAGGCUUUACCUUUACGGCCCACCAAUUAACAUUCGCGCACGUUCAACUACAAACUUUUCGUAUACAUAUAAGACAUUUCGUUUUGUACAUAAAAUACGGCGAUUUUAUGCCCCAAAUGAGAGACAUUAACUGAUUUUAUAUUCAUUAUAUUCUGUCCACGCAUAUAUUUUGCAGUCUUUUUUUAUUUUUACCUUGUACGCCCUCAAUUUAUAAGUUGUAAUAUUUUUUGUGUUUGCGUUUGUUGUUUGAUAAGAAGUUCGGAUUAUGAUAGUGGUGUAUAAAAUAUGAUGAUGAUUGUACCAAUUGACGAUGAUUUGUUUCUUUCGUUUAUAAGCAAAAGUGUACUAGAAUUAAAUUGUAACGUUUUAAUAAACAACUAAAAUUA